GUUUUGAUAACCAGUUUACGCGUCGUCGUCGCGAGUUACGUUGGAAAUAACCAACCGUUUUUUUAACUAACUGAUGUACUGUUAUUUAUUAUUGAAAACAAUUUAGUGUUUGUGUUAAUUUUGUGAAAAUGCGGCGAAACAAUUCACAUCUUUGGAACUAUUUUGACAAGGAACCGAAUAGAAAAUCGGCUAUAUGUCGAUAUUGUAAUAAGUCAUAUUCGUUUCAAUCUACUACGAGUAAUUUAAAGGGCCAUUUGAGGCAUUGUCAUCCAGAGGUUUAUAAAAGAAUCGAAUGGGCGCCCAAGACUGGCGAUAACGAAGAAAAGCACCAUAUUGGAGGUUCUUUGAAAGGAAGGCGCGGUAUAUAGCGACAUGCAAGAUUUGCUUCCAGGACUAUUCGUUUCGUAGUACUACGACCAAUCUUAAUUUCCAUUUGAAAAGGAAACAUGGCGUCAAUGCGCGCGCUAUUGAAAACGAUAGUGAGGCGGAGAAAGUUAUGUCAAGCGCUAAAAAGAGACGGGGCAAAGCAAUGACCUAUUACGACAUUGUGGGCCCUAACAAGACAGAGGCACAAUGCAAGCUGUGUGAGAAGAUAUUCUCCAUUGAAGCAUUUACAGAGAUACAGGAACACCUUGUUGAUUACCACGGUGAAAUGCCCACGGAUUACACUUGUAUGAAGAAACCGAAAGUUGUAUUAGGAAACUCGUUCAAUGAAAAGAAAGGAGCAGCGACAUGGAGCUUCUUUGACGUUUUGGAUUCUGAUAAAUUCGAGGCUCGAUGCAAGAUAUGUGAGAAAAAUAUUGAAUAUGAUUCCGUUGAAGACUUGAAGAAACAUGUUGAGGAUCACGGACAGAAUCCUCAAGACAGUGAUGAUGAGGAGCAGGUUUCAAAGUCGAGACAUUUUUCAGAGCUGUGGAAGUAUUUCAAGAAAUUAGAUAGGUCAAGCAAUUUUGCUCUCUGUCUGAUCUGUAAGAAUGUGUACAAUGCUCAGACCAUCAGCAACCUGAAGAAGCAUCUCGUGACUAAACAUCGUGAUGCCGAGGUCCCUGAGGAAGAUGAGAAGAAGUAUAUAGUAGCAUCGAAUGGACAGCUGUACGAGAUGGAAUCCGAGAAGGGGGAUGACAAUGACGACACUGAAGAUAAAGAUCCAAUUGAGAUGGACACGGUAUACCUCGAGGAUCUAGAAGACUUCAACACGUCCCGCCCCUCCUCCCCCACUCCCAGCCCACCAAAGAAGAAAGCAAAACCAAUAUUUCCCAAACCACAAUCGCCCGCAAAACCACGCAACGAACAGAUACUUAAUAACAGUCUCAAUAACGAAAAUAACAGAAAUAACGAUACAACACCAAGACGUAACUCAUAUAACACCAGCUUAGAUUACUUUGGCCAAUACGUUGUAUCGUUAUUGAAAGAGUUACCUAAAUCUGUCUCAAGUCAGUUACAAAAUGAGAUAAUUAAACAGAUUUUAACUAGUAAAGUGGCUUUAGAAUCUGAAGUAUCGAAUUGUAAAGUUAGUAUUAAUCAUAAUACGGACAACCAAACUAAUAUAACGGAACCUGUUAUGUAUAUUCAAACUAAAUCGAAUACCUAGUAUUUGUUAACUUGGUAACCACAACACUAUGUGUCACAGUGGUUAUUUUUUAAAAAGGAACUGUCAAAUCGUUUGUUUUUUUUAUUCGUUGUUAGUUUUUAAAAUAAGAACUGUAAAAAUUUUGAAUAAGAAUUGUAAAAAUUUGAAAUAAGAACUGUAAAAAUUUUAAA